AUGGCGACUAGACAUUAUACCAGAGCAAACCAAAAUGCCAAAGGAGCUAUGAUGCCUUGUAACGAAUCUGAGGAUUGGAAAGGUGUUGAAAUCGAAUUUGAAGUUGAUGCACGCUUGUUGGCAAGGCAACAAGCCGCGGGUCGGCAAAAACCUCUGGACCGCGACCGUGCUUUGACUCCAGUCGGUCCAUCAAAUUUUGAGUUCUCGAGAAAACCACUCUUACAGUUUCCUCAGUCAACUGCAACGAUGAGGUCGACAAUGCUCCGCCAGCUCUUCCUCGCGCCUCCUGCGAUGCGCAACUCCCUAGUUUCCGUCCCUCCACGGAUGAUGCCAACUCUCUCAUUCUCACGACAGUACUCGAUGCUCCCCAGCGUCAUCCAGAAAGACUUCUGGCUCGGCAUGAUCCCUAAACCACUACGCAAGAGCUCUCCCAGCGCAGCUCUGAAGAAGAAGGCACGUUCCAAGGAGUGGAAUCCCGCGACCUUCUUCAUCGCUAUAUUUCUGCUCAUCGGGUCCAUGUCCAUCCAGAUGAUCGCGUUGCGAAACGAGUUCGCUGCGUUCAGUCGCCGCGCGGACGCGCGGAUCGGGUUGCUGAAGGAGAUUAUUGAAAGGAUACAGAAGGGUGAGGAUGUAGAUGUCGAGGGGCUGCUGGGGACGGGCGAUGCUGUUAGGGAGAGGGAGUGGGAAGAAGUUUUGCAGGAAAUCGAGCGGGAAGACGAAGCCUGGGAGAAGUCACGGAAAAGCAAGCCAAAGCAUGGACGAAACCUCGAGGAUGCUAAUGCUGCUACUGCGAAACCACAUAUCACCGAGGCACAACCUGUCGAAAAGCCAAAGUCAAAUGCUCCAUCUGGCUUCUAUUAG